AUGAAUUCCGCCAACGAUACAAUGUCACCCUCGGUGGAUGAGGCCGGGAGUCUGUCUCCUGCCAACUCUCGCGAGGACGAUGAGAACUCCCAGCACCCCCGCAAGCGUCAGCGUGUACGCCUGAGCUGUCUGGAGUGCCGGCGGAGGAAGCUGUCCUGUGACAGAGGCUACCCGUGCCAGCGGUGCCUGAAGAGCGGCACGCCGGAUCGCUGCACUUACGAGACCAAGUCGGGGGCUGUUUUGAACGCGAGCUCCGGCGUUCCCCCUGCGUUUGCCCAGCUCGACUCACGGAGGAAUGGCGAACUGGCCGUUCCCGGCAAGGAAGCCGAUGUUUCCCUCAUCCGCGAGGCGGCCAAGGAUCAUGACCGUAUCCGCCGUCUCGAGCUAGAGGUCGCUCAGCUCAAGACUCAACUCACACGACAAGCCAUGUCCUCAUUUGAUGGAAGCACAAUAGCCGGCACCAACUCGCCACGGACUCAGAAGGAUGAGACCAAUGAAGCGCCUGCCGACCCUUGCGCAAACAACUCAGACAUGCAGUCGUGCUGGCAUCAGUACAGCGAUGGAGACAAGUCAGAGCUCCGUUUUUUCAGGGGCAAGGAAUUUAGAACGCGGUAUUUUGGUCCUCACAACGCUACAAUGGCUUUUAUUGAGGUAGGUCUCUCGCGCUCAUAUGAGCCCUUUUUCAUAGUGAUGAAGAAUAUUAAUCUGACUGCUUCACAGUUGACCGGUCUGUGUCCCUUCAUGAAGGAGACGGCAGAUGAGUGGCUGAAGCCGGUGAAGGCUCAUGACCGCAAAGAUCGCAAGAAGCGCAAGGAGGACCGAGACAAGUUCUACCUUCAGCCUGACACGCAGCUUGAGGCUCUCCUGCCACCAAAGGAGCACUGCGAUGCCUUACUCGAGGUCUACAUUGACCAGUUCGAGCAAAUGCACCGCAUCAUUCACAUUCCCACAUUCCGCAGGGAAUACUCUGAGUUCUGGGAGAACCCAAGCGAAUCUCGCUACGCAGCACUCACCGCUCUUGUCCUAUCCAUCUGCGCGGUAGCGAAUUGCAUCCACACUCAUGAGUCUCUGAGAUUCACGGGAAUGAUUUCCAAUGCCCAAAAUGCCGCUGAAAAGUGGAUCAAGGCUGUUGAAGAUUGGCAAAAUCAUCAGAGUGUGAAGCACCGAAAGCUCAUUCACUACCAGAUCGCAUGUCUCUUGUAUCUUGCGAAGCGGGUAAACACUGUGAAGAAGAAGCGCUUCUGGACGAACUCUGGCGCUCUCAUCCAGGACGGCAUUUCCGUCGGACUGCAUAGGGAGCCCAGCCACAUGUCAGGCAAGAUCUCAGUCUACAACCAGGAGAUGAGGCGGAGAAUCUGGGCGACAGUGCAAGAGUUUGACAUGCAGGCCUCUUUCGACCACGGGCUGCCAACGCUGGUGAGCCAGUUGCACUACGACGUGCAGCCACCCAGAAAUUUGGACGACGAAGACUUUGACGAAGACACGACGCAGCUCCCGCCUUCCAAACACGGCAAGGAGUACACUUUCUCGUCCUACCAGAACUUGGCUCGCCAGAGUCUGCCGCUGCGCAUGGAGUUGAGCCGCAUCCUUUGUGGCCCGCCGGGAGACCUCGACUACGACCAAGUGAUCCGAUACACAAACGACAUCACUCACGAAAUCGACUCGUUGCCCUCUUGGGAGCACAACAACAACAACACACAUGGCGGCAAGAGACCACUUCUCGCCUACACUCUGCUCCACAUCCAGCUCCGCCAGUACAUUGUUCCCCUUCACCAGCCCUUCCUGAAGCUUCGCAAAUCCAACGCCAAGUAUCAGUACUCAGAAAUCAUUUACUACAACGCCGCGCGAGACAUUGUCCUCCUCCAUGAUAAGCUCUACGAACAAGGCAUUCGCAGCCUCAACUUUCUCCGCGAGGACGCGCUGACCACGGCCGUCAACCUCUGCAGUGUCACGAUGCUGCAGCCGCGCGGUUCGACAAACAUGAUUAUGAUCAACUCGCAACACACCGUUAAGCUCCUCGAGAAGUGUCUCCAUAUGAAGGAGGACAGGAUCCUCCGGUGCGGCAACAACGAACCCUGGGGCUACUCCAUCAUGUGCUCAGCACUCGGCCUUCUCGAAGCCCACCUGGGCACAAAGACCACCGAACAAGCCAAGGCAUCGUCUGCGGAACGGUUCGUCAACCUGCACUACAAGCUGUUGGCGAACCAGGAACCCCCGGUAUCGAGCCAGCCCUCGGAGCUGUCCAAGAUUCCUGGUUUGGAGGUUCCUGAGAGACCAAAGGUAAGCAACUCUGUCCCUCCAUCGUCGUCAUCGUCGGCGUUGUCGUCGAUGUCGUCGUUCGGAACCAAACAGUGGCUGACUCCAUGCCCUCAGUCGGUCACGCCCUUCUCCUUCCAGGGCUACCCGUCAUCGCAGAAUGCGAUGGACGGGCUCCUGCCUCAACCCCUGUCGUGGAUGCCACCGUCCAUUGAUCCGCAGGUGAGUCUUCACGACUUCUCCCCAGCACUCCCAGCACACGUCGCUGACAGUGUGUUGGCAAAGGCGCAGUCAUACAAUCCCGACUUUAAUCUUGAAGCACUGGGAUUGAACUUGAACGAGUUGUGGGGAGAAUCGUGGGACUUUAGCUAA